GUAGCAUACAUUCUAAACUUGCAGCAGGAUAAGGAUGUGGAGUAUUGGGGAACAGACUUGCGAUCUGUAAUAAGAAGAUGCCGCGAACUCGGUAUUCGUCACAUGAGGAGGCCUGUAAGCAAGCCCCUUUUCGGCAAAUUUAUUGAUUAGGCAAUAAUGAUUUUAAUUUCCACGGCUAGUUUUCCCUGUUCGUCUCCAGGAAUGACAGAUCUGAUGGAAAUGGUAGUAUAUACUGUGUCAGAAAAAUUUUCGUCGGUGUGGAAGUAUUCAUAUUCAUCCGCUGCUUUUUCUACUGAUCGAAUGAUCACUCACGUUAAAAUUUUCUUUGCCCUUGUAUCUACAUCACAGGCAAUAGACUUCGAUCCAAACUCCUUGAGAAAUGAGCUGCCAAAAGCAGUUUCAUCACUGGAAUGGGCUGUUUCCGAGGGAAAGGGAAGAGUGUACGUGCAUUGCACGGCUGGACUUGGAAGAGCUCCGGCAGUGGCAAUUGCUUACUUGUUCUGGUUCUGUGACAUGAAUCUAAAUGCAGCAUAUGAUAUGUUGACAGCAAAGAGACCUUGUGGACCCAAUAUAAGAGCCAUACGCGGGGCCACCUAUGACUUGGCGAAGAAUGAUCCGUGGAAAGAACCGUUUGAGAGUCUUCCAGAAUAUGCAUUUGAGGAUGUAGCUGACUGGGAGAGGGAUUUGAUUCAAAAUCGAGUCCGCUCUCUUCGUGGAACUUGACAACACAGCAGCCAUCCUGUGCUCUGGAGAAGAUAGUCACUAUAUUGCUUGAUUGCUUCCCACCUUGCGCAUAGGCCGGCCGCCUGUGAAGUUUUCUAUUCCUAGGAUUUGGAUUCGGUGAGGCACGUUUUGUCAGAGGUGGUAAGAUUACAUAUAUAGAGUUUUGAUUACAAAUGAAAAUUUGAUGAUUACAUGAUGUGAUAGUGUUGAAAAUGACCACACAACAGCUAUGUAUUUUCCUAGUAAGCAUUGUGAAUGUUUCACGAAAUCAAGAAACCAGCGAUGGAAAAUGAUCGUGUAAUGCAAAUGAAUGGGUGGAAAUCAAGUA